AUGACCGACUUUGGACCUCGUGCCCCCCAUGGGCCUGAUAUGACGGGAGACCAUAACCCACUGGAGGACAUGGAUAUCCACGAGAAGGGUGCUUUCGAUUCCCUCAUCCGCCCCGAUGACAGUUAUACCCCCGAGGGCACCUACUGGGCCGAUUUGCCGCUUCUCAAGAAGAUUCGUUUCGUCACCGCAUACGACAACCAAGAAGCCAAGCGGGAAUUGAGCGAUAUUUGGGCCAUGGUCAAGAAGGACCCGCUCUCCCCUGUUUCUUACUACUUCCGCAACAUGGUUCUCCCCGGUGCUGGUCUCGGUCUGGAGGGUUAUGUGCUGUUCUCCAUCGGCAACAUUAAGCCUCUCUUUGAGAAGGCUUUCCCGGCAUGCUGGGAUACGGCUGAGAUUUGCAGCCAGUCGUGGCUCUCCGCCAUCGAAUAUCUCGAAAUCAUUGGUAUCAUCGUGGGUCAGGUACUGGUUGGAGUUUUGGGUGACUGGAUUGGCCGUCGCUGGGGUUUGAUCCAAGAUGCUGCUAUCAUGCUUCUCGGUCUCAUCAUGCUCACUGCCGCCUGGGGCGUGACACAGAAUGGCUGGGUUAUCUGCUAUGCCUGGUCUCUUUUCAUCUACGGCAUUGGUGUCGGCGGUGAGUACCCCAUGACCGCCACCAGCGGUAUGGAAAACGCUGUCGGCUCUGGCAAGAUCUCCACCAAGGAAGAUCGUCUGCACCGUGGCCGCAAGGUUACCAGUGCCUUCCUGAUGCAGGGUUGGGGUCAAUUCUUCAACCAGGUUCUGCUCAUCAUCCUCCUGCUCUGUUUCCACCACGGUAGCGGCAACAACCCCUACUCUGCUGUUGCUGUUCAGUGGACCUACCGUGUUUCCUUCGCCAUUCCGGCCGUUGGCACCCUCUGGCUCGUGUACUACCGUGCCUACCACAUGAAGGCUGCCAGCAAGCAACUCGCCGCUGCCAAGAAGAAGGCCUCCGUUACUGGUUACGAUGCCCAGUCUCUCAAGCUGACCUUCCACCACUUCGGAUUCCGCAUCUUUGCCACUGCUGGCGGCUGGUUCGCCAACGAUGUCUUCUUCUACGGCAACAAGCUCUUCCAGAGCGAGUUUAUCAAGGUCAUCAGCCCCGCCUCCGAGUCCGUCAUGCCCACUUGGCUGUGGAAUUUGUGCAAUGUCGGUGUCUCGCUUUGCGGAUACUACAUGGCCUCUUUCCUGAUCGACAACAAGCUGUACGGCCGCAAAUGGAUGCAGAUCAUCGGUUUCCUGCUCUGUUUCAUUUUGUUCGUCGUCCCUGCCUUCAACUUCGAUUACUACCGCCGGCCCGAGAACAUCAGGUCUUUCCAGGCCAUGUACUUCCUCAGCUCUUUCUUCAACCAGUUUGGCCCGAACUCGGUCUCUUUCCUGGUUGCCGCAGAGGUGUUCCCCACCCCUAUUCGUGCAUCUGCUCACGGUAUGUCUGCUGCCUGGGGUAAGGCCGGUGCCCUUCUGGCUGCCGUCCUGUACAACUACAUCGACACCCAGACCAAGUUCUACGUGGUGCCUUGGUUCGGUCUGCUUGGUGCUGUGAUCACUGCGUUCUUCCUCCCGGACACCACUGGUCUGGAUCUCAAGGAGCAGGAGCGCCGUUGGGAAUACCUCCGUCAGGGUAAAGAGGAGGAGUACCAUGGACCUGCUGUCCACCCCAAGCACCUGUCAUGGUAUGAGCGCUACAUUCUCAAGAAGGGCCGCUUCUACAAUGCCGAGCUCGAUUACCAACGCAAAGUCGAGGAGUACCGCAUCGAGUGGGAGUCUGCCAUGGCAGCCAAGGUCGCCGAGAAGGAGAACGCAAAUGACACCACAUUUGAUACCGACGACACCCUUCUCGAGGGCCAUGUUCACACCUACUUCCAUCGCACCAGCCCCAUGUUCAAGGGCAUGGAGAAGACUGUCCCCUCCAAACAGGACAACUUUGCCUUGCCUCCGCCUGCGGAGAGCGAGUCCGAAGACAACUACUCAAAUGAGAAGCAAUAA